AGUCAUGUUCAACUUCAUAAAGAAGUCGACGGCCCUGGCAGGGGGUGACACCGUAAGCGAGGAACGGGAUGGCGAGAAGGAAAGACGCAAGCGGGAAAAGAAAGAACGGAAAGAAAGAGAAAAGCGAGAGCGGAUUGCCGCCGGGUUGGACGAACCUCUACGUUUGGAGGAGGUCCGGCGGUCGCUGAAAUUGCGGGGAAGACGCAAGGAAAAGGAGAAACUACCCUCCGGCAUCACAGCUGACUACACAGCGUCGUUGUUCGCUCAUCUUGAACAAGACUCCAAUUAUUCUAACUACCCGCUCAUUCCUACCUCGGGGUCUAAUUCAAACCUAAGCGAUGAAAACAACCACUUAUCGCCUGGAUACCCCACACACAGAGUCCUCCAAUCGGACAGCUCGGAAACUUCCUUAAAUUCCUUGAACAAUCCGAACAACGCAAACAGCAGUCCUCGACAACCGCCGAAUCUACCUCCAAUACCACCAAGACCACCAAAGCGGGGUAUACUUAAAGGCCCUCGUCUCAGUAACGCUAGUUCCAAUUCCCAAGACAGUAAUGUUCAAAACGUUGACACAACAGAUUAUGUCAACGGACAAGAUCCCAACUUGCUUGCGAGGAACACGCAACAAAAUGAGCUCAUAUCUUAUGGGAUACCCCCGUCUAAGAGUACAUCCUCCAGUGACGAAAUGCACCAUAUGCAAAACUUUACGAAGAAAGUAAUUCACAGUCCUGUAGAAAACCAAUAUAAAAAUUACAAGAACAAUGUUAAUCCUACAAUUACAACUCAAGACAUGGAUGAAGUUGCAAAAACUAAUGGGAACAGCUACUUGGGAAUCACUUCCACAUCCCCAAGUGCUGACUCCUUGACCGAUACAACAACGAAUUCAUCUUUCGCAACGCCUCCAUUUUCGACUUCUCCUGUUGGUGAAUCUCAAGGCUUCCAUAGAUGGUCUCGAACCAGUAAUUUCGAGGAUGUGUACUUACCGUUACCAGCCCUAACUCCUCUUAAAUUACCCAAACCAAGAUUCCUUACAAUCCAACGCCAGAAAGCGCCGAGAAAUGACUUCGGCUUCAGUCUCCGUCGAGCUGUGAUUCAAGAAAGAAUUUUCGUUGGAGACCUGAAUGGCCAUGAAGAGAAUGGUCUUACCAAUGGUGAUAGCAAAUGCAAUGGAAAUAUCACUGGGCUGACCAGCAAACUGACUAACAAAGCUGUUAUCCUGGCGGAACCGGGGUCGUAUCCUGGGGCAAGUGAGACUGGACUGAUGCCUGGAGAUAGACUCCUUGAAGUGAACGGAGUUAGUGUGGAAGGAAAGAACAGGGAAGAGGUCAUCGACCUAAUCAAGGGCAGUCAAGAUUCAGUUACAGUUAAGGUUCAACCAAUAGCAGAGCUGUGUGAGCUGACGCGCAGGCGCGCUGUGGACGGCGGUGGUGACGUCGAUUUGUCGGACAGCAACGUGCGUGGAGGAACUCUUAGCCGAUCGGGGAGUCGGCGGUUCACUAGUACUCAGGCGAAAUCCGAGGAGCAACUAGCAUGCGAGAAAGAAUGGCUGAAAGCGGGGCACAUGUGGCUGGCGCACCGCGGAGGGUUCACCGCGGUGUUGCGGGAAGGGGACGCCGAUGCUGGCAGGGCCCGAGUUAGAGUUAUUCAAACUGGGGAAGUACUUACCGUCGACGAUGAUGAUUUGGAAAAGGCAAACCCACCGCAGCUGGAGCGGUGCGAGGAUAUAGCCUCUCUCCGUUGCCUGAACGAAUGCGGAGCCCUGAACGUGUUACGGUCAAGAUUCGCUGCUGGGUUGCCACAUGCGCGAGCUGGACACGCACUGCUCGUCCUCGGGCCACCGAGACGGACGGCGCCAGUGUAUACUGAUAAGGUAGCAGCAAUGUUCCGCGGGUGCCGCGCUGACGACAUGCCGCCCCACGUGUUUGCUGCCGCUCAAUCUGCGCACAGGUGCAUGCUUGCUUCCAGAAGAGACCGCGCUAUUGUCUUCCUUGGGAGGUCUGGCUCCGGCAAAACUUCAGCGAUGCGUCACUGCAUAUGGUAUUUGGCCAGCGCCUAUCCUGCUCAGGGCACGAAGCUCACACCGGAGCGGCUUGACGCUGCCUUUGACGUGCUGCACAUCUUUGGAUCUUCGCGCACGGGUGCCAACCCCCACGCGUCUCGCUUCGUAUCGCUGGCGUCCCUGGACUUCGAUGGCGGUGGUGCCUUGGUUUCCGCCUCAGUGCAGACACUGCUGCCUGAUUUGAGGCCGCAUAGUACGCCGCUUAGGGCUCUGCAUACAUUAUUCCACGGCUGCGACGGCCGCCUGCGCCGCGAGCUCCUCCUCGACCAAGCCCCAAUCAACGCUCCGAACCCCUUCCUAACAUCCAGCGAGAAAGCGGAGGCGCCCACUGAGUUUGCAGCCCUCAGAGAAGCAAUGAAAUUGCUCAGUGUCACUGAACAGUCGCAGAUGGCUGUUUGGAAGAUUCUUGCUGCUAUCUGUCAUUUGGGAUGGGCUGGCGUUACCAAAUUAGCGAGCACGGGUUCUGGUCUAAAGUACCAGUUUACGAGCGGUGGCUGCGCGCAGCGAGCGGCUCGUCUGCUCGGCGUCGGUGCCGAAGAAUUGGCGCGGGCUAUAUUCGCCGCCGUGCCUACCUCCCCGCAGCCCGGAUCUAACUUAAGGACCCCGUCGCCAUCCAACGAGAGAGAAAUCACAGGUGCGGAAGCUCUGGACGCUUUCGUGAACGGCCUCUACAACGAGACGUUCAACAUUAUCGCUGCACUUGUCAAUCGAAGUCUGUCUACAUCAGCUAGAACGUCCGCGUCUAUCCUUCUUCUGGAUACACCUGGAGCAGACAAUCCAAUGUGUGCAGGACAACAGAGCGGGGCAUCCUUAUCGAAGUUGUUGUCUAACUACCUACAGGAACGUCUCCAAGCAGUCUUCCACGAUGCAAUGUUAGUAUCUCCCAGGGAGCGAUACGCUCAAGAAGGAAUUGCGCUCGAUGAUGGUGCUGAAGAAGAUUGGCUGUCGGAGACCGUGAAUCCGGGUCCAAUGGUGGAACUACUGGACAAAGCGCCACAGAACACUAUUGUUCGAAGUUCACAGGCUGAUCUGCGCGACUGUGAUCGACGUGGUCUCCUGUGGCUUUUAGACGAGGAGUCUAUGUAUCCCGGCUCUUCUGACGACACGUUCAUAGAACGUGUGAUGACCCAUUACGCCGCUCCCAAUCACACGCAGUAUUUGAUCAAGAAAGCGCCUCAUGUUAGACAGUUCGCUUUACAGCAUUUGCAGGGUACCAAUCCUGUCCUGUACGAUGUAACUGGUUGGGUGAAGGCGAGUCGUGAGAACCCGGUCACAAAGAAAGCGUUGACACUUCUGCAAGAAAGCCAAAAUGAGGAAGUGAGCCGUCUGUCGUCAUGGGCGCGAGGUGCGUGCGGCGUCGGCGCGUGGUCUGCAGCCGUGGGCGACGCCUCCACUUUGAGGCGUGCUUCUUCUAUUCGUCGCACACUUACUUCUGGUACAGCCGGCAUGAAGCGUCGCUCGACAGCGCUCCAAGCAAAAUUCGUUGCUGAUGGUAUAGUGGACACGCUCCGUCGUUGCGGCGCGGGCGGCGUGCAGUUCGUGUGCUGUAUGCUGACCAUUCACCCUUCAGAGCCUCUUGAUGACGUCAACGUGCCGCUUCUACGGUCACAGUUCCGUGGUUUUCAACUAUUGGAUGCGGCCAGACUAUACAAACAAGGGUUCCCUGAACACAUGCCACUUUCAGAGUUUGCUAGACGAUACCGUCUCCUAGCCACAUCAGAGACCGAAAAUCCUGAGGAGCAAGAACAACAGCAACAACAACAAACCCAGCCACUAUCAGACCGUCAAAUAGUUGACGACAUGCUGUUGGCGUUAGACCUGGACGUGACCAGCUACAGACUUGGAUUGACACAGAUUAUGUUCAAAGGUGGCGUCGUUGGCGGCCUGGACGCCCGUCGCGACGCUGCCCUCGCCAGAGUCCUCGUCAGACUCCAAGCCAGAGCUCGUGGCCUUCUCGCCCGCCGAAGAGCCCAAAGACUCCGCACGCAGCACACUGCGGCUCGGUGCAUACAGAGAAAUGUCAGAGCCUUCCUCACGGUUCGUGACUGGCCAUGGUGGAGGCUCUUGGUGCGCGUCACACCGUUGCUUGCAGUCCACCGCACUGAGCAUCGGCUUAAACAGGCGCAGGAAGAAUUGGAGACCCUGCGAGCUAAAUUGGAUAAGGUGGAAGGCGAGCGCACACAUUUCAAAAACGAAUCUGAGAAGCUUGAAACUAAGCUAUCAGAAGUCGGUGGCGAGUUAGCCGAGGAACGUGCAGCGGCGGCCCUGGCAACGGAGCGCGCCGACGCCGAAGCGGCGGAACGCUUGCGCAUCGAACGGGACAACAGAGACCUGCUCAGUAACAACCAGAGGUUGCAGCAGGCAUCGGAGCGUCUGGAACUUGAGCUUUUGCAUUGGCGCUCUGCCGAGGGCGGAGGCGCCGAGCCUUCAGACUCGGAAGGAUCUGAAGCUGACGCGACAGCCGGCGCUGACAAAUACAAGCGAAGAUAUGAACAAGCGCACCGGGAGCUGCAGUUGCUGAGAGCUCAGCUUAGGAGACAGCAUGAAGAUGACUUGGAACAGCUUGUUACAGUCAAGAAACAGCUUGAAAAGAAGGUACAAGACGCAUACGAGGAGGUGGAGGAGCAACGCGCGGUGGCGGCGCAGUGGAAGCGCAAACUGCAGAAACUCACCAACGACAUGGCCGAUUUGAGAUCACUACUUGAUGAACAGACAUGCCGUAAUAACUUAUUAGAGAAGCGCCAGCGCAAGUUCGACGCAGAGUUACAUGGAGCUCAGGAGGAACUGAAGCGUGAGCGAACUGCCAAAGAACGGCUUUCUCGCGAAAGAGACCAGGCUCAUGCUGAAAAAUAUGCCAUCGAACAAAGUCUUUCUGAGGCCCGUCUCGAGCUAGAGCUCAAAGAAGAACGCCUGGCUGCAGCGACGCGCGAACUGGAGGAACGCGGCGGCGGCGGCGACGAGGUGACGGCGCUGCGAAGAGCCAAGACAGAGCUUGAGAGGCGGGUCAGGGACCAGGAAGAGGAACUUGACGAUCUUGCUGGACAGAUACAGUUGCUGGAGAGCUCAAAACUGCGCCUCGAAAUGCUAUUGGAGCAACAACGCAAGGAGGCUCGUCUUGAAGCCGCCGCCAGAGAUGACGAGAUGGAGGAAACCAGAGCCAAUGCUUCUAAGAAACUGAAAAUUUUGGAAAGUCAACUGGAAAGCGAGCACGCCGAGCGCUCGCUGCUGCUGCGCGAACGGCACGAGCUUGAGAGACGCCUCGCCGCGUUGGAGGAAACCGCCAGGGCUGAGAACCACGACACGCAACAGCUGGUCACACGCCUCAAGAGGGAUCUGAAGAGAUACCGUGCCCUGUUACGCGACGCGCAAACCAUGCUCGAACAGAAGGAGAAGGAAGGCGGUGGCAAGGCACAGAUCAGACAACUUAAAAAUCAAGUGGAAGACCUAGAGUUAGCAGUGCGAGCAGCAGUGAAAGCGAAGCAAACCGCCGAGUCCGAAGCAGCCGAAGCAACAGCCGCUCUGGAAGAAGCAACUAGAGCCAGAAACGACGCGGCUGACAGAGCCUUGAUGGCAACUAGAGAGGCCGCUGCUGCGCGGGCGCAGCUUGACGACGCCGAGGAGGAAGCUGCUGAGUUACUGAAGAAAUAUCGCGCAAGCACAAGUUCCCUAUGCGCGGCCCAGGCAGAAGCUCGCGAGGCGGCUUCCCGAGCUGAUGCUGCACUCGAAGAGGCACGCGCAGCCAAGGACAAACUGGCCGAGCUCACGGCCAGACUGGCGCACGCUGAAGCAGGUCACUCGCAGGGACACGCCGAGGCCGAACGCAGAUUGGAGCUGCGCAAUAAGGAACUGGAAUCCAGUCUAGAACUAGAGGCGACAGCGCGUGCCCGCCUCGAAGGGCAACUAUCGCGAUUGCGCGAAGCCCAUGAACAGCUGGCGUCGGAGCUGGCCACUGCCAGGCAGAAGGAGCAACAUGCAGCAGACGAGCUCAGGAAGCUAACGCGACAGCUCAGAGAACUAAAAGAAGAGAACUCCAAUCUAAACGCGAAGCUUAACGAGGCGAGUCGCGCGAAAUGUGCAGCAGAGGCAGCUGCAGCCGCUGCGGCGUCGGAGGCAGCGGCCGCGAGAGACGAGGCACGGCUGGCCGCACGUCGCGCCACGGCGCUGCAGGAAGCCAUUGCUGGAGACCUGUCUAGCCCGGGAGACUCAAGGGAUACCGAUAGCGACAAUGACAGCUACAGCUCGGACGAGUCGAUCGGUACAUUUUUGGCUAAUCACAAGUUGAGCCCGUCGGUCCCCUCGCGUGCCUCUAUGAACCUCGAUUCUCAGAAGUCGCAAACACCUGAAGGUCGUGCCAGCCGCCUAAGCGCAGGAUCGGGCAAGCAACUAAGUCCGACUAAAGAGUCGUUCGCAUAACACGCGGCGGGCGGCGGGCUGCUCACAAGCGCCAUACCCGCCAUCUGCGCCGUGUUCUGCUCCCGCCAGAGGCACGACUCUGCCCACGUCGUGCUCGAGUGAAAUCAAUAAAACGUCGAAGUGACAGCUGUGAGACGCGGGAAAUUCAAAAAUUGUUAAAGGAUUCCAACAACAGAUGGCGUUUGUUAAUGUCGGUAUGUGAACACGUUCCGUUAUCGACAGAACCGUUGAUGUUAAUUUAAGUGAAGUGUUUAGCUAAGGAUCUGAAGAUUUUAGGAAAGAGAAAAGAUAGCUGUCAAUGUAGUGGCGUUUUGGACUGUAAGUGUGUAAGAAUAAAGACCGCUGUUGGAAUUUUCAUUGCUAUUGUAACCUUGUAUACUCUCCAAUGUAUCUUGUCACACUCGCACGUGAAUUUAAAUUGUGAGCGAGCUAUGUUAUACACUGCUUCAAUACGAACAAAACUGUGAAUCGACUGUAGUCUUCUAAUAAAAUAAAUUCGUACGAAUAUUAGAAUAUUUACACAAAUUUUCAAUUUUAU